AGCAAACUGAGAAACAGAGAAGAAAGAAAGCUUAGAUGGGGAGAGAGGAGGUUAUUCUGAGUAACCCAGAAAUAUUCUUAGAAGAAGAGGAAGAUGAUGAUGGGCCACCGCCCGGUUUCGAUUCCAUAGCUAUAAACUCAAAAUUAGAAAUUAUGGACGUUGAAGAUGGUGGCGUAGAGGAAGAUGAAGAUGACGGCCCUCCGCCGGGAUUCGCUGAACCACAGCCACCGCAAAUGCUUCCACCGCCGCCUACUACUCCUCCGUCAACUUGUUAUUCUGAUGUACACAUUGGGAGACAACAAAAUGAAGACAGGUCUCCAUUGGGCUGGCAUUCCACAAGCUCAAAGCAACCUCAUUCAUCAAUGACUUCAUCUGAACCUGUCUCUGAUAUACAAAUGGGAAAUGAUCAAGAAGAUGAUGACGGCCCCCCACCAGGGUGGCAAUUGAACCCCCAACAACAGUCACUGCCAGAAUCUAUACCACUGCCAUUGCCCCAAUCAGCUCCAUCUUCUAAUAUAAAAACAGGUAUCACAGUAGAAGAUGAUGAUGGCCCACCACCUGGGUGGAAUUUGAUCUCCUCUCAGCAGAAACCACCAUUACUGCCACAGUCACUGGCUCCAUCUGGUGAGCAUGAUGAUGGCCCACCACCUGGGUGGAAUUUGAUCUCCUCUCAGCAGAAACCACCAUUACUGCCACAGUCACUGGCUCCAUCUGAUAUUGAAAAGAGGAGUAAUGAAGGAAAAAAAGGGGAAACUGAACGUCACAUUUCAUGUUCAGAAUGGUCUUCUAUGCCUGAACACACAUCAACACCUACACCACCACUUCGCUCAUCCUCAUCCAUAGCUUCUUCUGAUAUUGAAAUGGCUAGCAAACAACAAAACAAAAACAAUGAGGAUAAAAAACUUUCCACGGAGAGAGGAUCUAUGCAACGAUUAGUUUCUCAGCUCCCACCAUCUAUAGUGCAAAUGUCUUCUGAGGUUGGCCAAUUGGUGUGCGGUACUUGCCGGCAGUUGCUUUCAUAUCCUCGAGGUUCUAACGUGGUUCAAUGUGCAGCCUGCCAGACAGUUAAUCUUGCUCUCGAAGCUCAUCAAGUAGGACAAGUCAAGUGUGGAGGAUGCACGGUAUUGCUUAUGUAUCCAUAUGGAGCUCCCUCUGUUAAAUGUUCUUCUUGUCACUUCACAACAAGAAUUGGUGCACAGAACAGAAGACCUCAUUUAGCUGCUCAGCAGGCUCGUAGACUGCGUCGUUCCCAUCACCCACACUAAUGUUAGUCCAUUUUGUUCAAAGAGCUCUGGAGGCAGUCCACAGAGUCCUUCCUGAUUCUUAGCAAAUGGUUUUUUGAAUGAGCAUUGAAGGACAGUGCUCUUUUUUUGUGUGACAUUUACCUAAUAUGUGUAAAUAGUCUCUCUUAUUGCAGUUCUGCAGUUGUAGCUGGUUUUAGGUGUUCUUGUGUAACAUAUACUCCGUAUUAAUUUAGAUGUGAAUCUUAGAGUACUGAAUUAUUUAUUUAUAAAAAGUUUUGAGUAGAGACUUGCUAUUUA